UAUUACAUUCAGUUGACGAAAUGCAAAUGUCUUCUCUGUAUUCUGCAGUCGAAAAUAAGAAGGUCGCUGAUUUUAUAAUAAAAUGUGCUUAAGUUUUCUUGUGUCUACAUUUCAACAUAAAAAGUUGGUGCUGUUGAACGAGUGCAGCCAGAUGACAGAGCCUGCCUCCCUGCUGCCUGAUGCCAGGUACCAGUGUCAGAAACUGAUCCUCGUUGGAGACCCCAAGCAACUCGACCCGACUAUCGAAGGUGCAGACAGUGUCCAUGCCAAUGGCCUUGAGCAGACCCUAUUUGAUAGGCUAAUACUCAUGGGUCAUAUACCAACAUUAUUGCGUACCCAGUACCGAUGUCACCCCCACAUUAGUGCCAUCGCUAACAGUCUGUUCUAUGGAGACAUGCUGACUGAUGGAGUCACUGAGACUGACAGACAACCAUUGCUGCUGUUCCUGCCGACCCUGUGCUACUAUGACGUAUCUCGCGGUACAGAGACCAGCGAGGGUGUGGGGAGUUUUUAUAAUGAGGCCGAGGCAGGCUUCGUCUUUUUUCUGCUGCAGACAUUUGUGCUAUGUGGUCUGGGGACGGAACGUCUGGGCGUCAUAACGCUGUACCGCGCGCAGGUGACCAGAAUCAAUGAUCUCCUUUCAAGUGGGGGUGGAGAUUCCAAGGGAGUUCAGGUGUCCACAGUGGACGCGUUCCAGGGUGGAGAGAGGGACAUCAUUAUCCUCUCUACAGUACGCACCAAGGGCAUGGGAUUCAUAGACAAUGACAAGAGGAUGAAUGUUGCGCUAACCCGGGCCCGUCACCACCUGCUGAUAGUAGGUCACCAUGGUAACCUGUCUACUAAUACCUUGUGGGGCAAGGUCAUCCAGCACUGCAAUCGUUAUGCUGAUGGCGUGCAGUGUGCAGACGAAGCAAGAUUUGGAAUGGAGCAGUAUCUGCUAUCUUGCUCUCUGGCCCUUGAGAAGUCAGCCAAGGGGGACAACUCUCAAACCAGUAGGGGAGAUAACUCGCAGCCAUGUAGUGGAGAUAAAUCACAGUCAAGUUUUAAUAUCACCCAGAAUUCCAGAAGAAGUUCACAGUCCAGAGUGAAGUCAACAAGAGCUAAGAAAUCUGACAUUGAUUCAAAUAUAAGUUUGGUUGAGAACAGUAAAUCUGCUAGAAAACAGAGAGUGAAACAAGGGGAAAAAAGAAAACUGCUGUAAAAACAUCUGCUAUUGCAGCUGCAAAUGAUGUGGAGCUCUUUGAUUAUACUGAGACUGAAAUUAUAGAUAAAGAGAACCUACAAAAGGCUGAAAAAGCAGUAAUGAAUGUUACGAGUGAUGAUGAAGAGAUGGUGGGUUCAGAGGAAAACCAAAGCAACUGUUCCAAUGAUGUAUAUGGGACUUCACACGAAGAUGAGGAUUUUAGUUUGAUGCAUUCUGCAAAGUGAAGGAAGUACUCCACAAGACUAAAUCUACCAGGAUCUGCCAAUGAUGUCUGAUUGUCCCAAAGCAGGGAUUUAAUACAGAGCAACUCUCGAUUAUGUGGCCCAACCGAAAAAUUGGCUGUACAUUAUAUAUUAUUUAUUAAAUGGAUUUGUCCUUUGUUGCUAAAUAGUAAUAAAAAAGCAUAAACAUUUCA